CGGGGGCCCUGAGGGGUCAAACAAGGACAGAAAUACCGGUACCAAGAUGAGGACAGCCCCCCCCUGGAGCAGAGCCCCGCCCACCUGCCCAGCCAGGUGAACGGCACCGAGGGGGAGAUGGAAUACGAGGAGAUCACUUUGGAAAGGGGGAACUCGGGGUUGGGUUUCAGCAUCGCUGGGGGCACCGACAAUCCCCACGUGGGCGACGACCCCGGAAUCUUCAUCACCAAAAUCAUCCCCGGAGGCGCUGCCGCCCAGGACGGGAGGCUCAGGGUGAACGACAGCAUCCUGUUUGUGAACGAGGCAGACGUGCGGGAGGUGCCGCACUCGGCGGCCGUGGAGGCUCUGAAGGAGGCGGGAGCCGUGGUCAGGCUCUACGUGAUGAGGAGGAAGGUCCCGGCAGAGAGGGUGGUGGAGGUGAAGCUCAUCAAAGGACCCAAAG